AUGGAGAGCCUCAACAUUGCAGUCAUUGGCGCGUCGGGCGUCGGCAAGUCGUCCUUCGUCCAGCGCGUGCUUGGCCUAUCGCGACCGCCAAUCACCAACGCCUCCAGCGUGCGCAUGGUCGUCGACAAUGUCACCUACGGCGUCACUCUGAUCGAGCUCGACCUCGAAUAUUUCGAGCUGAACCCGUUGCAGCCCAUCCAGUGGCCGAAGCAGAUCAAUGGCCACAUCGUCCCGCGCGUCGAUGGCGCCCUCAUCCUCUACGACGUCAUGAACAAGGAGAGCAUGAAGGAAUUGCCCCAGACGAUUGCUGCGUUGACAAAAUCUGGCCUUCCCGCGAUCCUCGUCGCCAACAAGUGCGACAAUCCCGAGAGCGAACGGCAAGUCGAUUCGCAACGCGUCGCUAGCCACGAGUACUUCAAGUCGUGCGUCGGCGUGUUCAACCUCUCGACAAGCAGCCCAGAACGGGCCAGAGCAUGCUUGAACGCGACGCUGAAAGCCGCCAUCGCUUAUCGCAAGGGUGAUUUGAGUCCCGGAACCCCAAUGCACUAG